AUAAAACGAAAACACAAACAAAACGAGCGAUCAUUUGAUUCAUAGAAACGAUCGACGAUUUCAUGUAUUAAAUGGCAAACAAUACGCAAAACUAGACAUCUAUUCAAACAAAGACAUGAAUUAUGGCUGAAGUGGGAGUCAGUGAUAGUCAACACACCAUUCAUACGGACGAAAUGUGUGAUGAAAGCGAUGAGGAAGUGGAGCCGAAGUUGACGUACGAGAGGAUCACUAACGAUGUGUCGGCUAUACUCAAGAAAGAGUCGGCCACUUGUCUGGCCGUUCACUCGCGGUUCAUAGCUUUGGGCACACAUUUGGGCAAAAUUAAUAUCAUCGAUGUUUUGGGCAAUCGAGUCAAUGAUCGCGAACUUUGUUUGCACAAGACAUCUGUUAAUCAAAUUAGUAUCGAUGAAAAGGGAGAAUAUUUAGCCACGAGUUCCGACGAUAGGAUAGUGAUAUUUGGUUUAUAUUCUUCGGACCACAAUUACCACAAUUCAUUUGAUAGACCCGUUCGGGCCAUAGCUAUCGAUCCAUAUUUCCGACGACCCGGAGGUGGCAAACGGUUUGUGGUCGGAGAGGCGGACAAAAUAAUUUUGUUUGAGAAGACAUUUCUGGCGAGAUAUCGGACAACAAUUCUUCAGCAAUCGAGAGGUCAUAUACGGAACAUUCGGUGGCGAACGCAAUACAUCGCGUGGGCCAGCGAUCAGUGCGUUAAGAUAUACGACAUCGAAGACCGAGUGGUCAUCACUUACAUCGACAGAGAGAAAGACAAUGACGUCCAGAGGUUUAGACCCGAACUCUUUCGGUGCCAUUUCUGUUGGAAAGACGACCGGACUUUACUGAUAGGUUGGGCCGACUCUAUAAAGAUAUGCUGUAUUAAACAGAAGCAAAACAAUGAACUGCCGCGACGUUAUGUCGAACUCACCGCUUCGUUUAAUGUGGAGUUUGGUGUGUGUGGUAUAGCGCCCAUUGAGUCCAAACUAGUGGUGCUUUGUGUCAAUAAAGUGGCCAACGAAUUGGAUAACGCCUACAACUGUCGGGUAGAAGUGAUAGAACCGAUUGGAACCGAUAAUUACGAAGAGAUUUCUAGUGAUAUACUGUCGCCAAAGUCAUUCAACAGCUGCCGGAGCAACGACUACCACGUGGAGUGUUUGCCCGAAGAGGGCCUUUACCUGAUUCUGUGUCCCAAAGACUUAAUUGUGGCCAAACCUCGCGAAGAGGACGAUCACGUGACUUGGCUUCUGGAGCACCAGCAGUACGAGGAGGCACUCGAAGUCGUCAAAUACAAUAAGAGUUUGAAGAAACACAACGUUCAAAGUGUUGGAAGUGUUUAUUUAAAGUAUUUGUUAGAACAGUCACAUCACAGCCAAUACGAAAAGGCGGCCCAACUCUGUCCCACCAUUUGUGGCGCCGAUCGGGACGCCUGGGAGAACGAGAUCGUGCGCUUCAAACGCAUUGAUCAGUUACGAGUUGUGGCCCCAUAUCUACCUCGAGGUCCCGAACUGGUCCUCAAUCCGGCCAUCUAUGAGAUUGUGUUGAAAGAGUUCCUCGAAAUGGAUUCCGCGGGCUUUUUGCGGACAAUUCGCGAAUGGAAUACCAAUUUAUAUUCCAUUCCCACUAUAGUUAAGGCAACUCUGGAUGUGUUGACAAUUGACCCAAAGAACGAGCGCCUGUUGGAGGCUUUGGCCGAACUCUACUCACGGGAAGGCAAACACGACAAAGCGCUUACCAUUUAUAAAGACAUUGGCAAUAAGACACAGGUGUUUGAUCUCAUCCGCAAAUACGGACUCUAUUCUAAACUUCAGGAACAGUUGGAAGUGUUUCUGCAGUUGAACGCCGACGAGGCGUCCAAACUAUUGAUCGAAAAUCAGGAGACAAUACCCGUUGAACUAGUCGUCAAAAAGUUAAAGUCAAAGCCACAGCUAUUGUUAACAUAUUUGGAUCAUUUGGUACAUAAAGAUCCCGAUGUCUGUGCCGUACAUCACGGCCUACUCGUCGAACUGUACGCCCAGUACUCGUCGGAAAAGUUGAUGGCAUUCCUCCGCAGCUCCAAUCACUACCAGUUAGAGAAAGCGCUCGACAUUUGCCGCAAGAAAAAUCUGUUCAACGAAAUUGUGUUCCUUUUGGGCCGAAUGGGAAACACGAAGGAAGCGCUCCAAUUGAUUACCGAUAAACUCGAUGACAUCAAUCACGCCAUCGAGUUCUGCAAAGAGCACUCGGACGCAGAACUCUGGGAGGACCUCAUCAAGUACUCGAUGAAUAAGCCUUGUUUUAUACGCGUACUGUUGCGCAACAUCGGCACACAUAUGGCUGAUCCCAUUGCGCUCAUUCAUCGCAUACCGGAGGGCAUGGAAAUCGAUGGCCUCAACGAAGCGUUGGUGAAGAUUCUUCGCGAUUAUAACCUCCAGAGCGAGUUAGAGGACGGCUGCCGACGGGUCUUAGUGUCCGACUGUUAUUCGCUGCUCCAGAAGUUGAAUCGACAACAGCGAAGAGGUGUGUCCAUCGAUGACGACUACUUAUGUCAAGGAUGUCAGCGAAAGAUAUUUGCCAGAGAGAUACGUUACGCCACGGAUAUUGUUGUCUUUAAUUGUCGCCAUAUUUUCCAUGAAAGCUGUUUAUUGGCCACAAAAGGCGAAUUUGUUUGUGUCAUAUGUAGUGCUCAACAAAAGUCUGAAUUCAUGAUUUCAUAGUCUCUUCCAAUACAUCAACUAUUUUGUUAUCAAAGAAUAUAUUAUAAAAGAUUGUUUAAAAAUUAGUUUUUCUAUUAAAAUAUAUAAUAUUGUAUUUAAUGCUAAUAUUUUAUUGAAUGA